CCCAAUUACUUUUAUUUAAUUAUCUAAUCAUUUCCCCCUUUGCUCUUGGUGUCGAGUUCUAGACCGUCUCUGUCCCGAUGGACCAUCAUCGUGUGCCUAGGCACAGCUCUAGCCAUGGCACUUUGCGUAGUAGCUAUUCAUCUCAGGGACGACCAAGUCAUGGCCCAUCCCCUAUUCGUCCGCUGCACAAACCUCUUCGGAGUGUGAACGAGAACUCUGUCUUACUACCCUCACCAGGUGCUUUAGAGAGUAUGCUGAAAACCACAACCGAGACAGGAGACAUCGGCAUUUUCAGUAUCAAGCCAAUACCCCCAUCACCACAACGUAGGGAUACACUCUCAGAAAUAGGGCAUAUCCGUCGAGAUAACAACAAGAAGGGGACUUCUUGCAGAGACACUGCCUCCGAGAUAAUCUCCAUGUACGGUUCUGAGAGUCAUAGAUCAGCCACCAGCACUUUGACCCCGACAUCUUCAGAGGAUAUCGGGCAACGCUCAUACUCAAUGACUACCUGUGGGUCUCGUCACCUCUCUCAUCACAGGUCUACUACGACGUUACAGAGUCAGAAUAGCAACGGCCCACUCCAACGCCCCAGAUCACCCUUCCCCUAUCCAACUCGCCUGAAAAGACCAGGAAUUCGCCCAGCAUCGCCAGCGCUUACGGAAAGCGGCCGCGUUGACUACAGCCGCAUGGUGGAGAUUGAUAGGACUUCCUACAGGACAAUUCAUGGUCCUUUUAAACCAGCGUAUCCCCAUAUGCUACGGAGGCCCCCGCCGUUAGGCCUUCGAGCGGAUGCCAACCAAUCUACGACCUCGUUACCUUCACAUUACCCUCCUCCUAGUCGUCAUGGACCACCGGGACUUCCAUAUGCUCGGACUCAUUCUGCGGCCUCGAUAGCAUCUUGGGGCACUCCGCGCCGUGAAAGACUGGACAGUUUCUCCUCAAGAACGUCGAGUCUUACCUCGAUUGUAAACAUGUAUCAACGAAUACCGCCAACGUAUAGGACUGUCCAAAGCGGCUUAUCUGCUCCUAUUCCACGCUAUUACGACUAUACCGAAGAUUUCGAAUAUAGACAGCCGCGAACGAUCACUCCUAUUCAGCCAUUCGCCCCUGUUCCCACACGGGCGCCCUCUUUUCAGCGGCCACUAGUACUUCAAGAGUCGGACGAUCACUUAGAGGUUGCUUUCCGAGAGCGAGAUUCGGCAUUCUACGAGUCUGAGAGCCAGAAUGCCGAUGAAACAGAAAUUACUCCGCUCACACGAGGUAGCACUCCUCGAUUUGAGAACUACAGAGCCCCAUCACGUUGUCGCACUGGGUCUAUACGUUCUGAAAAUACAUCCAUAGUACUUGAUGGCUCAGAAACUGGUAGCAGACUCAUGAGAGGGAGUGAUGUUGACCUAUUACCAUCACAGGCUGGUAGGGAGUCUGUGGAUACGUUCAAUCCGAGUCUCGAUCUCGAGUCAAAGGAUGCACCAACGUAUAGGUACACAGAUUAUCGCACAACAGUAACACCAAAGACUAAGGCGAAUUCUCCAGAGAAGCACGUGCAGGUCCAAAGGGGUAGGACUCCCACGGUUCAUAGUGAGCAAGGCGUGAUAAUGAGAGACGAUACACGAGAUGAAACUUUGCAAGAUACAAGUAAAAACGAUGAGGAACACCUAAUCGAAGGACAGCCUAUGGUUGGACAAGAGGAUGAUGUUUUAAAUCGACGCUCGUGCUCUGAACCUGCCCAGGAUAUAUUGGCCAAAUCCAUUCAUCAUGAAGCCCUACUUCAUAACCAACACGCGUUCGCCACGAUGAAUCACGGUGCUUCUCGGCAUAAUGAAGCUGGCGUACUUCGUGAUAGAACGUCGACAGUGACGCUUACCACGGCUCAUGGACCGGGUCACAGCAUAGGCGACGGCGAGAUGUCCAGGACCGAAAACCUGGAUAAGAACUGCAGUGAUGCAGAAGAGGGCGAUUUGAUGCCGAUUUCAAUGAACCAGGUGACACCAAGACAUAGGUUCCAGCGUCACAAGAGGAACCAAGCCAUUCCCAGAAUCAGCACCAGCAGCCUCCCCAAGGAAGAUAAUGAAAGCUUUCGGUAUAUUUCUCCAUCCUGUUCCACCACACCUAUCGUCUCGCCGAAACCAAUCUCCCCCGCACGUCAAUUGAAGCUGAAGAAUAGCGUACCUCAACUUAUGAAAGCACUGCCGCCUGUACCCGGAGAUCCUGACUACGUUCCAUCUCCAACACUUAGCAUGCGCAGUUUAUCGAGCAACGAAGGCGACUUCGCCGAGGUUCUCACACCAUUCCGGUUCUCACAGCCUUCUAUUUCUCAAAUGUUCAAGGCGGUAGACGCCAGAAAUCAUGAAGUACCCCUAAAUGAUGAUCGACUCCCAAGUUUACAGAAAAAUGUCCCAAAGUUGAAGUUGAGAAAGAGAAUGUCCAAUAGCUCAGGGGCUACGUUCUCUUCAGAUACAAGACUGUGUGACAAGACAACCGACCGGCGCUGCUCUACAGAAAGCCCGGACACAAGACUUGAUUCUAAAGGGGGUGAGCUACAUACUAAGGUACCUACUCGGAAUAGACUGAAGCUUAGGUCUUCAAGAAGUACGACUAUCAGUACCACGCCGCCUGUCGCCGUUCAUCGAAACGCAGACACGAAGGGUUCAGACUUAACUACGGAUAUCGCGCACCAGAAACCACAGGAAUCUUCUAACUUCCCGGUUAGCGUGGGAUCUCCCCUACAUCGAGUCAGUAGAAACCCAUCACAAUCUAUACAGGAUGACCGCUCCGCUGUCGGUAGGCCAUUCGAAGCCGUGGCUCAUACUGUAGCACCGUCUCAACGCGAAAGAAGGAGGAUACCCGCAAAUGCAUACCGCCAAAAUAAAUUUCCUUACAAGGCGAAAUCAAUGGAAGCCCUUCGAAGCACAGAGCAUCAUGGCCUAAGGAGACAUUUUUCAAACCUUCGUUCCUUGUUGGCACGUCCCUAUAGUCCAGCCCCAGUCACAUCAGUUGCAGAUGGUACUCAUGGCGAAAAGGAAAACAAGGUGCCCCAAGAUGCUAAUCCAACAAAUGCAAAUCUCAAUAACAAGAUUCCCACUGUCAAUGGGGAGCGCUUACAUGAGGGUCACAACCAUCGGACUACUUUUGGUCGACGAGUACGGUCGAGAGUGGUCAAGUGGAUCAAAGAUGCCAAGACAGCAGUGCGAGUAUGCUCCAAGAAGACCCAUGGAGAUUGA